ACCCGGCUCACACGAAAGACCUGAAUAGACAUGUCUAAUGAAAUUGAUGUGGAUUACAUUUUGGGUCGAACCUGCUAAAAACCGCUUUUAACCCAAUCAACCCGACUAACACAUUUAUAAACUCUUCAGCUUGCAGAUCAAAUCCUAGCCGCCUAGUCAUCUCUAUUCUCUUUGUCAUCAUCAUCGCCUCACAUCCUCAUUCUCUUAAAAAAUAUCACCGUAGAUUAUAUGCAUCGCGUUCGAAUCUCUCCUCCUACAUCACAAUUUUUUUGUUUUUUGGGUUUUAAAGAUUCAAAAUGCAGGAGAACUCGAUCCCAAAGGAAGUGGCAUACCAUAUCAUCAAUGACAAGCUCAUGCUGGAUGGGAAUCCAAGGCUGAACUUAGCGUCAUUCAUGACCACGUGGAUGGAGCUGGAGUGCGACAAGCUCAUCAUGUAUUUCGUUAACAAGAGUCACGUCGACAAGGAUGAGUACCCCGUCACCACUGAGCUCCAGGCAUUAGAUGAAAAGAUUAGAGAUUGUAUUUUGCAUGGAGCCAAGUGGAGGUAAGGAGAAGAAGAAUCUAGGAUUGUAUUUUGUAUUUGCCUUUAAGCUUGGGUUUGGUUGUGAUUCCCCUUGAGCAAAGGUCAUUAUACAAGCCAAUAUCAUUGGUCCAUUGGUUUGUUUUAGUUGUAAGGAAUUAUAGACAGACACUUAGACAAAGACGUCCAAGAUUUAUGUUGAUCUACAAAUUUAGUUGUAAGGAAUUUUCUGAGGCAUUGUAUUUCUUGUUUUUAGAAAAUUUUUAGGGUUAGUUUUAAAUUGUAAGGAAAAAAAGAACUGGCAUGUCAGUAUGCUUUUGUUGCA